AUGAGGCACCUCACUCUCCUCUCCUUCAUCUCCGUCUUCCUUCCUUUAGCAGCGGGAUUCACGUUCAGUACCAGUACACCUGUACAAUGUCAGAACUUUACUGUACAGUGGUCGGGCGGACAAGGUCCAUAUCAUCUAUCACUCAUACCUACCAAAGUAGUCACAGGAGGUCAUAUUGAAAACAUAACUAUCCCUGCUGGAUCCACCGAACAUAGCUUCCAACUUCAGCAACCUGCCGGAUUGGACUUCUUGGUCACUAUGAGUGACUCGCAGGGGUUCGGGACAGGUGGCACUACAAGUGUAUUGACUGUGGGAAGUUCAGAUGAUAGUUCUUGUGUACCUUCCUCUUUGAACUACGAUUUUACAUUUGCCAUUUCACCCGAUUCCAACCCUACAUCAUGUUCUUCCAUGUCCAUCACAUGGCUUGAGAACGCUACCGAGCCUGUAUCGCUCUUCGGUCUGAUCCCUCACGGUACAGCAUUCCAAAUUCCAAUUGAUCAAAGCUCCACCUCUUGCGAUUGGACGGUCGACAUAAAAGAAAAUACCCAAUUUUUAUUAUUCAUGAGUGAUUCGGGACAAUACCAGACAGGAGGAUCGACCGAUCUGUACCGAGUUCAAAGUGGAGGAAACGAUAAUUGCAUCACUAGUUCUUCACCUACGACUGCAUCGGGAGAUUCGAUGACGUACGCUACGUCCGCUACUGCUCAACCGUCUGCAUCCGUCUCCGGCGUAGGGGGAUCAUCUCAAGGAGGUUCAAGCGGUGGAGGUGGAUCAAGUACCAAUACUGGAGCUAUUGUGGGUGGUACACUUGGAGGAGUAGCUUUCUUGGUGCUUUUGGCGCUUUUAUUAUUCUUCUGUAUUAAGAGAAAGGCUAGGUCGAAGGACGAUAGUCGAUCUGAUUCUGGAUUGAGAGCCUAUGGUUUAGGUGGAGCAGAGAAGAACGGGAGAAGAUCAAACCAAUUAGAUUUGGCUGAAGAGGGAGAAGGGAUUGAUGGUGAUCAUACGCAUACACCGGAAGGAGCAAGACAAGUAGAAGUCAAUGGAGAUGUUUAUGAGCCAUCGCCGUUCAGAUAUCCUUCACCACCUGAAACUCCACCUACGCAUCAAGGUUUAUCGAGUAUCCCACCUUCGUCUCAAAAUACACCUCAAAUGCUCGCCUUGGCAAAUGAGAAAGCCAGUAAUAGGAAUUCCUCCUUGGGUGUUGGAGUACCGAACUCACCUACGACAACCACUCAUACAGGUACUAGGACAAGUGGUGAGAGUGGAAUGGGUAGACCUCCGGCGAUAAGCGAGGGUGUACCUGAGACCGAAGAUAGUAAUAGAGCGACGGUCGGACAUGGAGGUGCUUCCGGAGCCGGUAGGAUGAGUAGUAUAAGGAAGACACCAUCGAGUCAACAGGUCGGAAGUGGUGCUGCCACGGCAAGUAGCAAUAAUGCCGUGAAUGGUCAUUCCAAUGUUAGUUCUGGUGAGGGAGAGGGCGAAACGAGAUAUGUUCAGCAUGAAGAUGCUGGAGUGAUUGAUCUUCCACCGAGAUAUGAUCAACUCCGAGCUAGGAACCCUGAUCAAUAA